GUCUCCUCCUCUCCCACCUGUGAUAAGACAGAUUGAGACUUUGACAGUUUGAGGCCAAAAGUAAAAUUGCUUGUCAUUUGGAGGCAUGGUGACCUCCCGCAGACCCUGGCCUCAUGCUCGGAGCUAGUGUCUUAGGGCUGGUUUCACUGUCUCUAAACCAAGGGUAGGACCCGGAUGUGUUUUUUGUUUUUGUUUUUUUUCCAAUCAAACCUGCUGUAGGCGGCCACCCUGGAGGGUGUUCAGCUACUUUGGGCAGAGGGGGUCGGGAUUGGGGGCUUCUAAAGAUAAUUGAUUUGAAAAGAAUGACAUUACAUGAUGUAGGAUGUUUGCUCCCUCCCCCACCCAUAUUUUCAGUCCCCCUUCCUUUUUCUUUCUGGGUUUUUGUUGUUGCUUUUUUGUUUUUUGUUUUUUUUGUUUUUUUGUUUUUCUUUUUUUGCCGGCUUGGCAACUCUACUUCUGGGGGCCUGGACUGAAAAGCUAACCGUGAUCAACCAUUAAACUGUGGAAUAGUGUCUCCAAAUGAAGGAAGCCCAUCUGGAUUAAAACUGGAUUCUGCAAAGCCCUGGAACAUGACUGUAGGGCCCUCUGAGCUGGCAGAAUGGAACAUUCCUGACCAAUAGGCCCUUUCCAUCCCUGACAUGUCCCUUCGGAGCUAGCGCUAGACAACAAGGACUUCUGAGGGGCGGGUUUCCCAUCAGGUCUGAACCUGAGGGCUCCACACUGUGCUCAAAUCUGCUGUGCCUUAAAUUCACGGCUCCUUUGAAUGAUGCUUCUGAGUGCAGCAGGCUGCUUGCUUUCCAGUAUACCUGUGGUAUUACUAAUGUUUCACAAGUGAAGAAGUCUGAGCUAUUUCUAUAGUUUGCCAACAUCAUUCUGUGCAUGGUUUGAGUUAGACCUUCCAAAACUAGUGGGGAGCAAACGCUACACAUGUACAUGUGUAAUAUUUUUUAAAUAAUUUGAGUUUGUAAGUUAAGGAGGUUUACAGCAAUAUAAAAAUAAAAUUGAAAUUUAAUAAAAUGCAAUAAUUGUCCGCCCUGGAGUUUUUGGCCUUUUUUCUUGUAAAUGGGUUUUUUAAAUUCCUCGUUACAAAAGUCAGUUUUAAAAAAUUAGGCAGACUUUUGCUUGUCUUUAUUUGUUUUUGUGACCCUCAAUCUCAGUGUAUUAAGUAAAAUUCACUGACUCACUUGUUUAUUACCUGACAGCUGCACAUUCACAACGCCUUUGUUGAAUCAUUUAUGUUAAAAACAGCAGAAAGUGCUCUUCUGAGUCCCAAUUUGGCUAAAGUGCUACUUGAGCUAUGCCCACAGAUGUGGGUGUGUCUCCAUACGUUUUAUUCCCGGUGUAAAGUCUGGAAGAAAAUAUUUAUACUGCCUCUAAUAGUUUUGCUCUGUUUCCAGUGAACCUCCUUAAACUGCAUGUAUAUGUCACUGUUCCGAUGUAUGUGUGUCUCUCUAUCACAUAACCCAGCACUUAUUUCCUCAGCCAAGUGGCUAGGGGGCGAGCCUAGCCAAGAUUUUACCUCCAAUGGACGCAAGUUUCUUUGGUGAAGAUUUCUCCUGAGAGUUCGGGACUAGCAGAAAGAAGCGAGGAAAUUUCGACCGUUUGGUUCUUACGGAUAGGUAUUUAUGUAUUCGGUUUGUGUGAAUGUAAGCUAUGAUAUUUGACUUUUCAGAAAAAAAUUUUUUUUUGCAAAUGGCAUUGAAUGGUUGACCAAACUGUAAAUGGUAAGAACUGCCAGUGAAGUGGGUACCACUUACGCUAUUAUGCAAUUGCUUACCUUUAUCAGUUUUAUAUUAUAUAAAGGAAUUUAGACUUUGCUAAGAUAACUCAAGUUUAAAAGUAGGUGAGAUGUGAAUAGCCAAGUUAAAUAUAAAUCUGAGGAGAGUUUUUAUGUUUAUUUUAAUAUUUUUCUUAUUUUAAUCGGUAAGUAUACCUCUAAGACCUCACACGCCCAGCUGGGUGUCACUUUCUCUCCACUGACCAGUGUGUUCAUAUUGCAGAUAUGAUGGGCGUGGUCACCUGCAUGACCUUUCUGAGUAUGAUGCUGAGUAUUCCACCUGGAACAGAGACUACCAGCUCUCUGAAGAGGAGGCUCGAAUAGAUGCCCUGUGUGAUGAAGAGAGAGGAAGAAUACAAGCGAUUGAGUGAAGCCCUGGCAGAGGAUGGGGGCUAUAAUGCAGUGGGGUUCACUUAUGGCAGCGACUAUUAUGACCCGUCAGAGCCAACAGAGGAAGAGGAGCCUUCCAGACACAGAGAAAAAAAUGAAGCUGAAAAUUCAGAGGAAAACGAGGAGCCUUUUGUUGCCCCUUCAGGAUUGAACGUGCCACCUGACGUGGAGCUGCCACCCACAGCCAAGAUGCACGCCAUCAUCGAGCGCACUGCCAGCUUUGUGUGCAGACAGGGCGCACAGUUCGAGAUCAUGCUCAAGGCCAAGCAGGCCCGAAACUCCCAGUUCGACUUCCUGCGCUUCGACCACUACCUCAACCCCUACUACAAGUUCAUCCAGAAAGCCAUGAAGGAGGGACGCUACACAGCACUGGCCGAGGGCAGGGCCGACGAGAAGAAGAAGCCAGGGCUCAGCUCGGAUGAGGAGGAUGACGAGGAGGAUGGGAACUACCUGCACCCGUCGCUCUUUGCCUCCAAGAAGUGCAGCCGCCUGGAGGAGCUCAUGAAGCCUCUGAAGGUUGUGGACCCGGAUCACCCCUUGGCCGUUCUGGUCCGGAAAGCCCAGGCUGACAGUCCCGCCCCGCCCCAGCCUGCAGUAGAAGGAGGUGCCGCCACACAGCCCCCCGCAGAGGAGUACACGGCUGAUUCAACAGUGGCUGCCAUGUACUACAGCUAUUACAUGCUGCCGGAUGGCACCUGCUGCCUGGCACCCCCCCCACCUGGAGCCGAUGUCACCACCUACUACAGUGCCCUGCCUACUGGAGUGGCCGUGUCUGGCUCGGCUGGGGUGACAGCCGCUGCCCCACCCCCUCCCGGGACCACACCACCACCACCCCCCACCACCACGGAGACCAGCAACAGCAGCGGCAGUGGCACAGGGACCCCCACCACAAUCACCACAAGUGCCCUUGCUCCUGUGGCAGCCAUCAUCCCCCCGCCGCCUGACAUCCAGCCCGUCAUUGACAAGCUGGCCGAGUAUGUGGCUCGCAAUGGCCUUAAAUUUGAGGCCAGUGUCCGCGCCAAGAAUGACCAGAGGUUUGAGUUCCUGCAACCAUGGCACCAAUACAAUGCCUACUAUGAGUUCAAGAAGCAGUUCUUCCUCCAGAAAGAAGGGAGCGAAAGUGCACAGACUGCACCAGCCGCGGAGGAGACCCCCACAGAGGCCACCCCAGAGCAACUGGGCGAGAUUGGGGAGGAAGGUGCCCCCGAGGACCAAGCCGACGGGAGCGGGAGAGGCGGCACUGGCGGGAAGAAGGAGGCAUCUUCUACUAAAAGCCUUGCAGAUGGAAAGCUGGUGAAAGCCUCGUUUGCCCCAAUCAGCUUUGCAAUCAAGGCCAAAGAGAACGACCUGCUUCCCCUCGAGAAGAACCGUGUGAGGUUGGAUGACGACAGCGACGAGGACGAGGAAAGCAAGGAUGGGCAUGAGGGAGUCAGCAGUGCCGCCAACCCCAGCCCCGCCGCCCCACCCUGCACUGCCACUGAGGAGAAGAGGCCCCAGCUCACCCAGGAGGAGCUGGAGGCCAAGCAAGCAAAGCAAAAGCUGGAGGAUCGGCUUGCAGCUGCUGCCCGGGAAAAGCUGGCCCAGGCAUCCAAGGAGUCCAAAGAGAAGCAGCUCCAAGCAGAGCGCAAAAGGAAGGCGGCCCUGUUUCUACAGACCUUGAAAAACCCGCUGCCGGAUGCGGACGUUGGGAAGAUGGAGGAGAGUCCACUCAGUGCCGAGGAGUCCAGUGCAGUGCCUGGCCCUUUGCUGACUGGAGGCCGGCCUGUGCAGGCUACAGACAUGAAGCCUCCUGAAGGGCGGUCCAGCAAAAGCAGAGACCCCCCCAGAGAAGAAGAGCGAGAGAGGAAGAAGAAGAAGCACAAAAAGCGAUCACGGACGAGGUCACGCUCCCCCAGGUGCCACUCUUCCUCCCGGCCCCGGUGUCGAUCCCGCUCCAAGGCCAAGCACUGCCUGCCCAGCGCCUACCGCACAGCCCGGCGCUCCAGGUCUCGUUCCCGGUCCCCUCGGAGGAGGGCUCACUCUCCAGAGAGACGGAGGGAAGACAGGAGUGUCCCCACCGCCUAUCGUAUGAGCAACAGCCCCGGCGUCAGCCGGAAGCGCACCCGGUCCAGAAGCCCCCAUGAGAAGAAGAAAAAGAGGCGCUCACGGUCGAGGACCAAGUCCAAGGCCAGAUCCCGGUCGGGGUCCCCAAGCAGACAAGCUGCACGCCGGCACUCGGCCCACUCAGCCCACUCGGGCAGCGUCUCUCCUGUGGAGAGCCGGGGCUCCAGCCAGGAGCGGUCCAGGGGAGUUUCUCAGGAAAAAGACGGUCAGAUCUCUUCAGCGAUUGUCUCUUCCGUGCAGAGCAAAAUCACUCAGGACCUCAUGGCCAAAGUCAGAGCAAUGCUCGCGGCUUCCAAAAACAUGCAGACCAGCGCCUCCUGAGGGCACCCGCCAGGAGCCCUUGCUGGGCUCCCCGGGCAGCCGGUGUUUUUGUAAAUUAACUUUUGAUGACAUUUUGAGUUUAAGAUUUUUGACCAGCAGUCUCUUACCUGUAUAUUUGUAAAUAAUAUCAUGUUUCUGUGAAAAUGUAUUAACAAAUAAAAUGGGAGAAAAACA